GUUUUGUAAAGAACUGUGUGUGCGCGCGCGCGCUUCCAACACACUUGUUCAUUCGCUUGUUCUGUUUUUUAUUUGGUGUUGAUCUUGCUUUUUUUAAGUAACAUCCAACAGCAACUAAACGCACAGUGUAACUAACGGCCUACAGCAAACAGCUAAGGAAACGAUCCUUCAAACACAAGCACACCCGAACGAGCAAUCAUCAAAAUUCCAAGUCAACAAUUUCUAAUCAGCCCAACUUUUACUACACGAAACUAUUUACACGAUUAGCGAUAAUUAAUCAGUAGCAGCAGAUCACCGUAACGCGCCUUGGAAAGGGGAAAAAAACGAAACGACCUAAAAACGAACGAAACGAGUGUACUUUUUGUUUGCUGUGUUUAAUGUUUUAAGUGUUCUAGUGCUUCCGUAUCAUAUCGAAAAAAACUCGAUACCUGCAGUACGAAUCGCUUCUGCGCUUCGCAAAACAAACAGCCUCUCAAUCAUCAUAAAUCAACAUAUGCGAGAAGGAUUGUCCUCGGGGACGGCAAACGGCUUGGAAGUUCUUACGAAUUACUAACGCUUCACUAGAGCAGCCACCAUAGCAGCAGCUCAGUCACUAGGAUGUCCACACUUUCCCUACGGAUCAGCCUCGAGGGAGGCCGGGUGACAAAGACGAUCCAGUUCGAUCCGAGCACGACCGUGUUCGAUGCGUGUCGCAUUAUCAAGGACAAGUUCGCGGAAGCGGUGCAGGGCCAGGCGCAGGAGUUCGGCCUGUUCCUAGCGGACGAUGACACCCGGCAGGGUGUGUGGUUGGAACCGGCCCGCAACCUGGGCUACUACAUGCUGCACAAUCUCGAUGUGCUCGAGUACAGACAGAAGCAUCGGACGUUGCGCGUCCGCAUGCUGGACGGUGCCGUCAAGACGAUUCUGGUCGACGAUUCGCAGCCGGUAUUGCAGCUGAUGGUGGUAAUCUGUACAAAGAUUGGCAUUACCAACCACGAAGAGUACGGGCUGGUGCGCGAAGAUCCGGAGGCGCAAAACGAAAACCAGCCAGACAAUCGCUCCAACACCGGCACGCUCACGUUGCGUCGUAAGGCGCAAGAAAAGGAGCGGGAUGCGAAGAUGGAGAGCUUGCGGAAGAAGCUGCGGACGGAUGACGAGAUUAACUGGGUGGAUGUGGGGAAGACGUUGCGCGAGCAGGGCAUUGACGAACAGGAAACGGUACUGCUGAGGCGCAAAUUCUUCUACUCCGAUCAGAACAUCGACUCACGUGAUCCGGUACAGCUCAAUCUGCUGUACGUGCAGGCACGUGACGCCAUCCUGGAUGGUACGCAUCCGGUCACGCAAGACAAAGCGUGCGAAUUUGCCGGCAUUCAAGUGCAAAUCCAGUUCGGUGACCAUAACGAGACGAAGCACAGAGCUGGUUUCUUGGAUUUGCGCGAAUUUCUGCCCGCAUCGUACGUUCGCACGAAGAACAUCGAGCGGAAGAUAUUCGCCGAGCACCGAAAGCUCAUCGGUCUGUCCGAGCUAGACGCGAAGUAUGUCUACACCAAGACAGCACGCGAACUUCCCACGUACGGUGUAACAUUCUUCCUUGUGAAGGAGAAAAUGACCGGCAAGAAUAAGCUCGUGCCUCGUCUGUUGGGCGUAACGAAGGAUUCCGUCCUUCGGCUCGACGAAACGACGAAAGAGAUCAUGAAAUCGUGGCCGCUGACGACCGUACGUCGGUGGGGUGCCUCGCCGAACACAUUCACGCUCGAUUUUGGUGACUAUGCCGAUUCGUACUAUUCGGUGCAAACGACGGAAGCGGAACAAAUCGUGCAGCUGAUCGCCGGCUACAUCGACAUCAUCCUGAAGAAGAAACAAGCGAAGGACCAUUUCGGUAUCGAGGGUGACGAAGGAUCCACCAUGGUGGAGGAAAGCGUCGCACCGUCAAAGGCCACCUUCCUGCAACACGAAGAGACGAACAAUAAAUCCGGAAAGGUGGAAACCCAUUCCAUCGCUAAACCGGCCAUUAUGCGUGGAACAGACGGCGAACGGCCGUACGGUACAGGCGAGAUGCAAUCGAUACAGUACGGUGCCAUCGUCGGUCAGGUCAACCUGGCACACCAGCCACCGAUGUUGCAACAAACGCGUAUUAGUUCAGUAUUGUCGGAACCCCAGCGUGCAUUGUUAGGAUACAUUUCCGCCGGUCAGGAAGCACUCAACCGAGCGGAGAAGGAUCUGGAAACCAAGGCACAGCUACCACCGCUUGGCACCGAUCCGGGCUCAUUGCAAUGGCGCGAGGAAACGCUCGACACCUCGAAACAAACCGUCACGACGCAUCUGGCCACGAUGAAUGCUGCCACUGCGCAGGUUGUUACCGCAUCGCAACCGGAUGAGAUUGACCAUGAAGCGGUCGGUGCGGCUGUUUCGCAAAUCACCCAGAGUAUUCCGGAAGUGACCAAAGAGGUCCGACUGAUUGCUGCCCUCAUGGAUGACGACUGCACCGGAGAUAAGCUGCUCGAAGCGACCCGUAAACUUUGCAACGCGUUCAGCGAUCUGUUGCGAUCGGCGGAACCGGAAAGCAAAGAACCGCGUCAGAACCUGCUGAAUGCGGCGACGCGCGUUGGCGAAGCUAGCGGUCAGGUGCUGAGCACGAUCGGCGAGGAAAGUGUCGAAAGUCGCGAAUUGCACGACAUGUUGCUCGGACUGGCAAAGGCAGUCGCCAACACAACUGCGGCGCUAGUGCUGAAGGCAAAAUCGAUUGCUGCCGUCACGGAGGAUGAGGCAACGCGCAAUAAAGUUAUUGGAGCUGCAAGUCAGUGUGCCCUGGCCACGAGUCAGUUGGUGGCUUGUGCUCGCGUCGUCGGACCAACCAUCCAAAGUCCGGCCUGUCGAGAACAGUUGGAGGCGGCUGCCCGUGAAGUUGCUAAAGCUGUUGCACACUUGGCCGAAGUGUGCAAUGAAGCAACCGACAAUCAACAGCUGCGUGGCGACCUUACAGCCGCAGCGAAGGAUGUUUCCAAGUCGCUCACUGAUCUGCUGGAGCACAUCAAGCUAAGUGCCCGCGAGAAAGCACGUCGCGUAGAAAAUGAAAAUCCUGUCGACAACGUGCUCGUCGCUACGGACAUUCUCGUGUCGUCGACCGACCCGCAAGAGAUGAUCAGACAAGCGCAACAGCUUGGCAAAGCAACGGCACAGCUGAUACAGAGUAUCAAGGGCGAAGCCGAAAGCCAACAUGACUCGAACAUGCAGCGCAAGCUGUUGGAAGCGGCAAAGCAGCUAGCGGACGCAACUGCACGUAUGGUGGAAGCGGCUCGGCUGUGCGCCGGCAAUCCACACGAUUCGAUUCAUCAAGAAACACUGCGUGCCGCUGCUGAGGAAUUGCGUGUUAUCACAACCUCAACGGCAAACACGCCCGCUAUAAAGCGACAACUGAUUGGUCGACUGGAACAAUGCGCCAAGCAGGCGGCGUCUUCCGCUACGCAGUGUAUAACAGCCGCACAGAACUCGCUUAUCCACAGCAACGAUGUGCAAACGAAAGAGAUCCUGCUACAGGAUUGUCAGGCGGUGGCCGAUCAGAUACCGCGCCUGGUGGCAGGUGUAAAGAACACUCUUUCACGUCCAGACGAUCCCAACGCUCAACUGGGUUUGAUCGAUGCGGCCGAGAUGUUCCUUGAACCGGGUGCUCAGAUGGCUGGCUCCGCUCGGGAACUACAACCGACGGUGAUGGACCAGGCAGCGUCGCAGCAACUCGGCCGUUGUGCGGUGAAUUUAACUCACGCGAUCCACGAUCUUCGACUAGCAGCUCACCGUGCUCGAGAAGCGUGCGGCGGUAAUGAACUGGAUGCAGCAUUGGAAGCGGUUCGCAAUCUUCGCAACGUGUUAAGCGACACACGCCGUGCGGCACAGGAAGGUAGCUUACGUCCCCUUCCAGGUGAAACGGCGGACAGUUGCUUCAAGCAGCUGGCUGCAGCUAGCAACUCCGUUGAUGUUUCGAUGCAUCAGCUGAUGAGCGCUGCUCAACAGGGUAAUCGCACGUACGCGGGUGUGGCAGGGCGCGAUACCGCUCUCGCCCUUGGAGAUUACACCAAGAGCGUACGCGGAGUGCUUGUAACAACGAAAAAUCCCGCCGUAGUGGAUUGCGCCGAUGAGGUUAUUGUAGAUUCGCUCCGUGUGAUUGAAGAAGCACAACGUACGCUGCAAAACCUGGACAACCAGGAAGCAUUGCUCAUCGCUAUCAAGCGCACGAAGCACUCUCUUGGUCGUACGAUCGAUUGCUUACCGGGCGUGAAGGAUAUUAACGAGGCGUUUGAGACGCUUAGUGAUUUGCGUACAAUUCUUGAUACCGGAGAGUAUCCCCCGUCGGAUCGACCAUAUGGUCAGUUGCAGAACGAACUAAAAUCGGCCGCAGAUCAGCUGAACGUGGCCGGUGGACAAGUUGCGCAGUCGUACGAUAGUUCGAUCAAAUUGGCCGGCACGAGUCAGGAGUUUUGUCACGCCUACAAAGAAUUGCUCACUGUGACUCUCGAAAUGGCGGGCCAAACAGCAGAAGAUCGUGCUCGCGAGGAGAUCGUUAACUCACUACGCGGUGUAUCGAACCAAUCGAUCAGUCUUCUCGGUACGGCUCGCUACGUGGCGGGUGAUCCAGAUCGUCCAAAUGCGAAGAAUGAGCUAUCAUCUGCCGCGCGUCUAGUGACAGAAAGCAUCAACCGGCUGGUGGAUGUCUGUACGCAAGCUGCUCCAGGUCAGAAGGAAUGUGAUGGCGCGAUUCGAAGCAUCGAAUCACUACGACCGUUGCUUGAGUCUCCACAGGAAUCGUUGACAGAUCAGGGUUAUUUCGAUUGUCUCGAUACUGUGCUGGAAAAGUCACGCACACUCGGCGAAGGCAUGACCGGUAUAGCGAAUAACGCGAAAAACUCGAAGCAUGUCGAGUUUGGACAUUCGGUAAAUUCAGUGUCGGAGUCUAUUCGUGGAUUAAUCGAGUCAGCCGCCCAGGCUGCUUAUCUCGUAGGAGUGUCGAAUCCGACCAGCGUCGGAGGACGGCCAGGAAUCGUCGACCAGGCGCAGUACGCGCGAGCUGCACAAGCUAUACGUCAGAGUUGCGACAUCUUACGGGGACAGGCAUCGUCUCAGCCCCAGGUCUUAUCAGCGGCAACCGUCAUAGCUAAACACACGUCUGCACUGUGUAAUGCGUGUCGCAACGCGAGCUCAACCACUACUAACCCUGUUGCCAAGCGGCACUUUGUCCAGGCAGCUAAAGAAGUGGCCAACUCAACGGCCGCACUCGUGCGAGAAAUCAAGGCACUCGAUCAGGAUUAUAGUCCGGGUUCACGGCAACGCUGUGCGGCUGCUACAGAACCACUGCUGGAGGCAGUUUCAUCACUCUGUCACUUUGCAUCGUCUCCUGAAUUCAUCUCGAUUCCAGCUCGUAUCUCAACCGAAGGUCGUAAAGCACAAGAACCGAUCCUAAAUGCGGGGCGAGGUAUACUGGACGGUGCAGUCGAUAUGGUGCGCACAGCGAAGGUGCUCGCACUGACACCGACAGAUCCACCGGUGUGGCAGCAACUGGCUACGCAUAGCCGUAAUGUGUCUGAUAGCAUCAAGCAACUAGCGUCGAGCAUCCGUGAGAAGGCUCCCGGACAGAUGCAGUGUGAUCAGGUGCUGGAGGUGUUGAAAGAUUGUUCGCGUGAGCUUAACUCAGCCGCCUUGGCAGUCGGUGUUGAUGGAUUGCCGCAACGCAAGGAUAGUAACCUGCAGGGUUUCACCAAUCAGUCGCUGAAUGCGGCAUCCGAGCUGAUCGAUCGUCUGGAGCCGGUAAAAUCGUCUGCAAAGAAGAACGCCGAAAGUCUGGGUCAUGCGGUUAAUCAAAUAGCGAAGCACAUCGUACCGCUUACCAACGGUGUGAUCGGAGCAUGUUCACAGCUCGUACAUUCUGGCCAGCAAACGGUAUUAAUCAAUCAGGUCAAAUCGGUUGUGGAAUGUUGUGCUCAACUCGUGCAGACGGCUAAGCAAGCUGGUGGUAAUCCACGUGCCGCCCAUUUCCAUCCGGAAUUGGACGAAGCGGUCGAGUCUACGCGGGAAGCGAUCCAGGAGUUGAACGCUACGGUAGAGCGUCUCUCCACCGAAAACGGUGUAGUAACCGGGCUGAUGGAACAAAUCUCCCGUUCAAUGUCACGCAUCUCCGACAAGCGUCAAUCGUUCCUGGGAGCGUCUCUCAACGAUACCUACGUUGACUAUCAAACGCGCAUGGUGCAGAGCGCGAAGGAGAUAGCCCGUUAUGCGAAUGAGAUCAACGCUAAGGCCGCCAUCGAUCCAUCGAAACUUGCUCAACUGUGUGUGGAAAUGACUCAUCAUUACACGCAGUUAGCACAGGAUGCUAUCGGUGCUUCUGCACUAACUACCUCUCCGGAUGUGGCCAUUCGCAUUCGCAACACGGUGCAGGAUCUUGGUCGGUCGGUGAAUGUACUGAUCCAAUCGACCACAGGCAUUCGGAAGGAUGAUAGCAGCGGUUUGGUGGAGAUCUCUCGCGGUGCUCGUGACGUUUCCGAAAAAGUGGCACAGGUACUGGCAGCACUCCAGGCUGGAUCACGAGGAACGCAAGCAUGCAUAAACGCUUCCAGUACGGUGUCCGCUAUCAUCAGCGAUCUGGAUACAACAAUCAUGUUUGCUACGGCCGGCACACUUCAAUCAAGCGACGAGGAUGGCAAAUUCUCGGAUCAUCGCGAACACAUUCUUAAGACGGCAAAGGCAUUGGUUGAGGAUACAAAGAUACUGGUCGCCGGCGCGGCCGGAACGCAAGAUCAAUUAGCAGCUGCUGCACAGAAUGCAGUCACAACUAUUUUGCAAUUGGCCGAUGCAGUCAAGCAUGGAGCCGCCUCGCUCGGUUCCGGUCAGCCCGAUUCGCAAGUGAUGGUUAUUAACGCGGUCAAAGACGUAGCCGCAGCACUCGGUGAGCUUAUAAACGCUACUAAACUCGCCUCCGGCAAGCCAAUUAACGAUCCAGCUAUGAAUGAUUUGAAAGAUAGCGCUAAGGUUAUGGUGAUGAAUGUCACCUCACUGCUUAAAACGGUAAAGGCCGUUGAGGACGAACACACACGCGGCACACGCGCCAUGGAAGCUACGGUGGAUGCCAUCUCGCAGGAGCUACGUUCGAUGCAGUUCGCGCCGGAAAUGAUGCGCUCGAGCAUGCAGCAACUGUCCCGCCCGGAAGAUCUAAUAAGCGUCACCAAGCACGUAACGGCGGCCACCGCUAAGGCAGUUGCUGCCGGUGCUUCGAAUCUGCAAGCGGACAUUGCAGCCGCUGCCAACCUUGGCCGGAAGACCAUCUCCGACAUGCUGAGCGUAUGCAAAUCCGUUGCGUGGUCUUGUGCGGAAACGCAGGAUCUGCGUCAGCGCACACUCGAUGCCGGUUCAGCGGUAGCCAUUGCCUACCGGGAUUUGUUGGAAGGUAUUCUGAACCCAUGCACGGCGGACGAAAGGAUGCAACUAUCCCGACGCGUUGCAAUGUGCGUAACCGAUUUGGUCGGCAUGGCACAGCUUUUGAAGGGAUCCGAUUGGGUCGAUCCGGAUGAUCCGACGGUAAUUGCCGAGAACGAACUGCUGGGUGCGGCCGCAUCGAUCGAGGCUGCCGCCAAAAAGUUGGCCAACUUGCGCCCUCGUCGGCAAGAAGUGAAGGAAGCGGACGAGAAUCUUAACUUCGACGAAAUGAUCCUAGAAGCGGCAAAGAGUAUAAUGGCGGCAUCUUCUUCACUCGUGCGUGCAGCCAACGCAGCUCAGCGUGAACUAAUCGACCAGGGUAAGGUAGCGAAACGUCCGCUCACCUCAUCGGACGACGGCCAAUGGUCGGAGGGACUUAUAUCGGCGGCGCGACUCGUUGCCGCUGCCACGCACAGCCUCGUCGAGGCAGCACAGAACCUUGUGCAGGGUGUCGGCACGGAGGAGAUGCUUAUCUCUUCCGCGAAACAGGUGGCCAGCUCCACAGCGCAGCUGCUGAUUGCCUGUAAGGUAAAGUCGGACCCCAACUCCGAAACUGGGCGGCGUCUUCAAGCGGCUGGUAAUGCCGUCAUCAAAUCUACCGACAAACUGGUGGAGGCCGCUCAACAGGCAAUCGAGGGCGAAGAAGAGCACACGCUGCGUCUGAAUCGCAACAUGGUGGACGGUAUGGCGCAGGAAAUUAAUGCACGCUCAGAGAUAUUAAUGCGCGAAAGACAGCUCGAAGAAGCAAAGAACAAACUGAUCGCUAUCCGGCACGCAAAGUAUCGACAGAAGUUGGGUGGUGGAUUUACGACUGACGAGAGCGACGAGGGUGGCGUUGCACCCCCUCCAUUCGCUGGAUAUGGACAAUCGACUUCACCGAAACCUCCGCCACAAACCCUACCAAAACCCGGCACUUAUUCCCCUGCUUCGCUUGGUGGUUCACCCGGACAGGGCGCAAACACAAUGCCCCGCUUGGGACAGCACACUGGAUCGCCUGCAAGUCCAAGCUUUCAGCGACCCGGAUCGGGCAAUCAGUUGCUCACUGCGAAUGCCGUCCCGAAACCUUACCAGUCCGAUGCAUUGAAAUCUCCGUCGGCCUUGGUGUCGCCAUCGAUGCUGAAUCGCACGUACGAUAUGACGCGAGUGGAGAAUUCAAACUUGAGCACUUCCAAAUUCAAUCGUACACAGUUCGAUGCCGCAGUACAGGAUCUGCAAAAUAAGGUGCAGCCGCUUAGUACGUUCCGAUCGUCUCCAACACAACCGCAUACGAAUGGUAGCGGGGCUGCUGGUAGCUCACCAGCUCCACAAACGUACGAAGGAUUCACUACCAGAUACGAAACCCGUGUCUUUCAGAAUGCCAAUAACACUAAUCCUCAAAGCCCAAACCCGCUAACCACUGUGGAGCAGAAGUUUGCUAAGCUUAAUGUAGAAAACCACGACAUGCAGCAGCAACAACAGCAACAGCAACGCUACCAGCAGUCACAGUCACUAGGCCAUGGUUACUAUAACAAUUCCGCAACAAGUCCUUCGGCACAAACAGGCACUAGCACUAGCAGCUUUGCCGCAAGUCCCGCUGCAAACGUCACUAACGCCCCGACUAGCUCACCGCAGCAGCAACAGUUCCGUCAACAGCAGCAGCAGCAACAACAUUUCCUUCGCACCACCACCACCACCACCUCCAACAACAACAACACUUCUGUGCCUUCCGUACCAACGAUUAAAAAUGGUAACGUUAGUCUCUUUGACAGUGGUGCACACCUUGGGGCCACUACAAUGAGAGGCAACCUGAUAAUGGAGGAGGGGCACCACCAGCAGCAGGUCAUCCACACCAAAAAGGUCCAGAUGACGUCGUCCUCCUCCACCUCGACGACGAUGAAAUCCAGUAGCGCUGACAGAACUGCGACGGAAUGGAAGUAAACGCGUGUCUGUGUGUGCUGUGUGUAGUUCGCCCAUUUACGAAACAGAAAACCCAUAGUACUAAUGACAGUAGUUUAACGUAUUUUUCAACCGCGUCUGUACGUGUCCUCGUAUGGGCGCCAAGGCCAAGGUUUGAUUUGUUGACUUUUAACUGUUUGUAACAAUGUAAUGUAAGUAGGGUGUGUAUGUUUAUUGUGUAGCGACAACGGUUUUGUAAUAUUUCUUCCGGAAAAGUUUUUCAAAUAAUGCCACCCAAGUGCCACGUGUUUGAUGUUUUGUAAAGCGAAAGAUGAACUAAAUCCUAAACUAGCCCGUAACAAAAGAGAAAAAGUUUAAUAUAUUAAUUCGAAAUCGUAGUCUAUAGGGUAUUAUAUGGUUGUAACUAACAGCGAACGUUUAAGUAGCGCACGUGAGAACUGUUAGUAGCAGCGCACGAGAGUAUUGAAUGUGUAUACUCACUAAUGUGCCUACGUAGUAAGCUACGGUUUGCCUUCCACAUGAUGUGUGAAUGGUAGCGAAAAAUGAAACAAAAAAAAAAGCAUCCAAUGCCUUCGUACUUUUUACAGCCAACAUAGUACAUAGUAACGCUUUUUUACAACGCCAAUUUCAACUUCGGAAGCAGUUACUACUUUUGACUGUAUAUGCCAACGAUUGCCAACAGAACAGAAACGGAUAACGGCUUCCCGUUAUCGCCUUAUAUUGAUGCACACACUUAUGCAACAAAUAUGUAAUGAACGUAGCAUGCUGAAAUCGGAAGUGCCAUUUUGUGUAUCUAUAAUUACUACUACAAUUACUAAUUCUGCUACUUCUAUUACUUAACUACUAGACACGCUAGUUCUACCGCGGUUCUUCUUAAAUACGAAGCGAAUUUAGUAUGGAUCGAAAAUUUAGUCGAAUAAUGGAGUCGAACUUAGCUCCACUUAGAAACAAAAACAAAACAAAAAGGACACAUGGUUAUACUAAAAUAGGCAAAAAUGGAAAAGCGUUAAGCACGCCAUGGAUUAAACCAUCGUUAGACAAAUGAGGGCAAGUCUUAAUUAUUAAAGUGAGCGCUGUUUGUUUUUAGUCUUUGUUUUCUUUGUGUGCGAUACAACAGAAAUGAGAUGAUUAGCGAGAAAAGUAGAACAGAGUUUGUUGUAACAUAUGAUUGCUAUUUUUUGUUUGUGUUUUUUGAUUAACCAAGCAGCACAGCAUAUGCAGAAUUUACUUAACAAAUACGCAACAGCAACAAAACAGGGGUUAACAAAACAUACGUGCUUCAAAUAGUCAGCUAGUAUUAGUUGUGUACUUUUACCGUACAAAAUGCCGAUUUCAAAUCGUAGUAUCGUUUGUUAAUGUCUCUAACGUAGGGUUUUAUGUUUCUUUUUUGUUAAGCAAAAAUGGUCUAUUAUUUUCUUAGCGCUUUUUCAGUCUUUCGUUUCUGCACAUUUGGUUACCUUACCACAAGCAGAAUAUAAUGGUGUGCACACGGAAUAAAGCGGAAAAAUAAACAACCAUGAAAGAAAAUUAAAUUUAACACCCAAAGUUCA